AUGGCCUCCUCGCGGCGGCGCCACCACUUUUUUACCCGCGGACGGUGGCUAAUCCCGGCCAUCACCGUCGCCUCCGUCUUUCUUCUCCUUUUCUUUUUCCUCUCGAUUCUCGCGCCUUCUCCUAAUGGCAAUCGUAUCUUCCUUCUUCCCCGUCAUGAUUCUUCGGGAGAAAAUGAUGAUGCAAUUGAAGAUUCUCCGUUACCUGUUCCGGCUAAAGAGAAAGUCAGUAAACGGGAUAUGUGGAGUUCGAGAAAUUCAAACCUCUUUUAUGGAUGCAGUGAUGCUAGUAACAAAUUUCGAAAAGCACAAGAUAUCACUCAUCCUAAUCGUUACUUGUCGAUUGUAACAAGUGGAGGUCUUAACCAACAAAGAACUGGGAUAACGGAUGCUGUUGUUGCUGCUCGAAUUUUGAAUGCUACUCUUGUUGUUCCUAAGCUGGACAAGAGUUCUUACUGGAAAGACUCUAGCGUCUUCUCUGAUAUUUUUGAUGUUGAUUGGUUUAUAAAAUAUCUUGCGAAAGAUGUUUCAGUUGUAAAGGAACUUCCACUCAGAAAAGGGCAAAUCUGGUUACCUUAUAGAAUGCGAGUUCCUAGAAAGUGCAGUGAUCGUUGCUAUAUACAUCGUGUAUUGCCUGUACUUAAAAAGAAACAUGCUGUACAGAUCAUGAAGUUUGACUAUCGACUUGCAAAUAGUCUGGAUACAGAUUUUCAAAAGCUUAGAUGCAGAGUUAAUUAUCAUGCGUUGAAGUUUGUUGACCCUAUACUUAGAAUGGGUGAGAAAUUGGUUCAGCGAAUGAGGAUGAAGAGCAAGCAUUUCAUUGCUCUUCACCUAAGGUUUGAACCCGAUAUGCUUGCAUUCUCAGGAUGUUACUAUGGAGGGGGCGAUAAGGAGAGGGAGGAACUCGGGAAGAUACGAAAGAAGUGGAAAACAUUACCUGAGAGUCACCCAGAUAAGGCAAGGAGGCAUGGAAGAUGCCCUAUGACUCCUGAAGAAGUCGGCUUGAUGCUGAGAUCACUUGGAUAUGGCGAAGAUGCUCAUAUAUACGUAGCAUCUGGUGAAAUAUAUGGAGGGAACGAGACAUUGACUCCGUUAAAGGCCCUCUUUCCAAACUUCUACACAAAAUACACCCUUUCUAGCAAGGAUGAGUUAGAACCAUUCUCUACAUUUUCUUCUAGACUGGCUGCUCUUGACUUCAUAGUUUGUGAUGAAAGCGAUGUAUUUGUCGCCAACAACCAUGGAAACAUGGCCAAAAUUCUAGCAGGACGAAGGAGAUAUUUUAGCCAUAAGCCAACCAUUCGUCCAAACGGUAGGAAACUAUUUCGAGUGUUCUUAAACAAAAACUACAUGUCACACAAGGAAUUUGUAUAUAGAAUCAACAAAUAUCAGAAAGGCUUCAUGGGAGAGCCUAAGGAGGUAAGUCCAACCUGGGGUGUGUUUCAUGAAAAUCCUUAUUCAUGCAUAUGUGAGAAAGUAGAUAACUCUACAGGAGGAGAGGUAUUGAAUAGUACCUCUCGCGUUGAAACUUUCACCAAGGUAACAAAUACUGACUAUGACCCUGAUACACCUGAUGAUCUUGAGGUGGAUGUGUUGCUCUCGGAUUGAGAAUGUAUCGGUAAGAGCCUUUCAAGAAAGUUUUGCUUGUACAUACACCAUUUUUGCCAUGAUAUUCAUUGAGGCAUCAACAAGUACAAUGUUGAAGCCC